UUCAAUGGCGGGUAUCUUCAAACCUUCGCGACAUUUGUUGUUGUAUUAAAACAACUCGUGAUCUCGACCAUCAAGGGAAUUUCAAGUGGAUAUUUUUCGACUAAUUUGCAAAGAAGAACAUAUUGGACAAGUGUGGAAGUGGUUUUUGUUGCCUCUAAAUAUACAGGGAGCAUUUGAAAGUCGAAGGCAAACUAAAGGGCGCAAUAUUUUUGUUUUGACGAGAGAUAAUAAUUUCUUGCUAAGGAUUGUCUACUUGGAAAUUAACUGAACAAUACACGGCUGACAAGCGUACAAAAUGAUAGUUUUUAUUGAUUUGGAACGGGAAGUCAAGUAGAAUUAUUUUACUGAUAACAUUCUAAAGGAGGCAGGAUGCUACCUCCGUUAUCUACAAAUGAACUAUGAAACUCGUUUGGUGUUAGGAAGACAUCUUUAGCGUGGCACAAAAAUGGCUGAGUCGAACGAUGAACGGACUCAGCCUGUGCCCGAUGCUGCAAAUGCAGCGCAAGCGUCAUAUCGUGAUCCAUCAGCGGCGCCAUUGAGGAAACUAAGCGUGGAUCUAAUAAAGACCUACAAGCAUAUUAAUGAGGUUUAUUAUGCAAACAAAAAAAGGAAAAAAAGAAACGAACAAGGUAGUGGCGGGAAAGUAAAAAGAUUGUAUAAUAACGGCUAUGAUGAUGAAAACUAUGAUUAUAUCAUACGAGCUGGAGAUAUGCUUUCAGAUCGUUAUAAGAUCGAUUCUUUGAUUGGAAAAGGUUCCUUUGGACAGGUGUGCAAAGCUUAUGACCUUCAAGAAAAAGAGUUCGUUGCAAUCAAAAUAAUCAAGAAUAAGAAAGCCUUCUUAGAUCAAGCUCAGAUUGAGGUGAAACUGCUGGAACUAAUGAACCAAAGUGAUCCCGAGGGAAAAUAUUAUAUCGUGCGCCUGAAGAGGAAUUUCGUUUACCGAAGCCAUCUCUGUCUCGUUUUUGAACUGUUAUCGUACAAUCUCUACGAUCUACUUCGAAAUACAAACUUUCGCGGCGUGUCGCUGAAUUUAACGAGGAAAUUUGCUCAACAGAUGUGUACCUCCCUGCUAUUCCUUUCACAAGCUGACCUUGGUAUUAUACACUGUGAUCUAAAACCCGAAAAUAUUCUGCUAUGUAACCCGAAAAAGAGUGGAAUUAAAAUUGUCGACUUUGGUAGCUCUUGCCAAAUUGGACAGCGGAUCUACCAUUAUAUUCAAAGUCGCUUUUACCGAUCACCUGAAGUUUUGCUUGGUAUUCCCUAUGAUAUGGCAAUUGACAUGUGGAGUUUAGGUUGUAUAUUAGUCGAAAUGCACACCGGAGAACCUUUGUUCAGCGGGGCAAAUGAAUUUGACCAAAUGCAAAGGAUUGUGGAAGUUUUAGGUAUCCCACCGCGACAAAUCUUGGAUAACGCACCGAAGGCAAGAGCAUAUUUUGAUCGUCAUCCGGAUGGUAGUUAUGUUCCUAGAAAAACAAGCAAAGACGGUAAAGUAAAGAAGGAGUAUGCUCCACCAGGCUCAAGAAAACUACACAAUGUGCUCGGUUGUGAUUCUGGAGGACCAGGUGGCCGUCGCGCUCGUGACCAAGGUCACACGACUCAGGAUUAUAUCAAAUUCCGAGACUUAAUACUGCAAAUGUUAGAGUACGAUCCCAAAGUUCGAAUUAAGCCGCAUAUUGCACUGCAGCACUGUUUCUUUAGAAGGACUACGGACGAGGGAACUAAUACGACUCCACUCUCACCGACCACUUCGCCCUCAGCGAGUGGAUCGAGAAUGCCAGGUUCCUUCGGCCAGGCGACGCCAAGUUCUGGUGUAUAUACCGGUGACAGUAACAACACCGCAAGCGAGGGGCCUAGUCGAGGGUCAGCAAUGGACUGUGAUAGUCCCUCGACGAGAGCAAAUGCAACAUGGAGCAAUAGCAUCGUUGGUUCACAAACCAUGGACACUCCGAGUGGUAAUGUUUCCAGGACUAAAACAAACAAUCGGAACAGCGAGUCCUCGACGACGACGAAUUCCAAGAGCGCGCAUCACACAAGAAAUAAAACGAAGCAGAACGCGAAAUAUGUUAACGAUAACGCGCAAAGUUCUAUGUAUGUUGACCAAGCAAGUGCUGAGCAAGCUCCAACAAGGUCCACUCAUGAAACGUCCACUUCGAAUACGAGGAUGACAUAUACGGAGUCGGUUACUAAUCCGAAAAACCUACGAGUAAAACAUGAUGUUAGCAAUAACGAGUCUCCCAUGGUCGAUGUUUGUGUACAGCCUAGCACCGUCGCCAGCACCUAAAUGGCCUGUACGUUGAUAUCUUGUUGAUGUAACCUUAAUGACCAUUACCGUCAUUCUGAAUGGAACGCAGCGAAGAGUAAUGGAGGUAUAGAUUUGAAUGAACUGGAGUUCCAGAAUGACAGAAAUGGCACUGCUGUAAAAGAGUUAGAAUUGCCUUUGUAUAACAUCAAGAGGGGUUGCGGCUUACGGUGUUUACGGCUGCUUACAGAAGCAUAUCCUAAGGCGAUGGAUUUGUCUUUUUGAAUCAGGCGAAGAUCCUGCCUUUGCUUUGCCUUUAAUAGCCGCCUGAAAUUGUGGUGGUGAUGGUAUCAGGGCGGAAAUUGAAUGACUAUAUGGAGGCAAAUAUUGAGGAUUUCAACCCGCUUCUAAUUUUGCCAACAGAAGAAACCACGAUGAAAACGAGAUUAUUAUAGGAAAACGACACCAAAUAGUCGUAUGAAUGGAGGCCACGAGCUGGUAGAGGGCUAGAGAAAAAAAAAUCGUAUCGAUUAAAGUUGGCAAAAAAGAACAGUGUAAGCAGAUACGCCACUCUGUAAGAUGCACUACUUGCUAGCUGUGAUGAUUUUGAAAUCACCAAAAUAGCACACAAAUAGCACGCGUUCUAAAUAUAACUUUGCUUCUGAACCAAUUGCCCCACUAAUAAAUUACUGGGGCAAAAUUCGUCCCCAUGUUUCGUGGUGAACGCAUUAAACUACGAGGAGUAGACAACGGCAAGAAAUUACACCAGAAGAUUGGUAAAUGCCACGGCGUAAGGAUUUUUAACAAUUAUAUAGGCUAAUAUAUCAUAUUUCGUUUUUAACUAGUAUAUAGGUUGAGAAUUUAUUUAUUUUACACUAUACUCGCUAGUCUUUAUAAUGACAUUUGACAUUUUGUCUUGCCAUGAUCAGGAAGAUCAACUUGAAGUUCAUAUAAUUUAUCUAUGGCAAAGUAGGCUGUCAUUAAUUGCAGUUUGAGAAGUUAAAACGUGCUUCACAAACCUAGGAAACUUAAAACUUGCCAAAUGCGGAUUAAAUUCUUUGUAAAUAGUCGAAGUCUGAAAAAACUAUUGCUAUAUUUUUUUAAAAGUGACAAGGUAGAAAACUAGAAGGUCCCAGGGGCCAGGACACUUGCGCUGAU